AUGAGCGGCUCCUCCAUGGCGAAGAGCGAGUCCCGCACUUCGCUGCUGAAGGCGGCGGGGAGCCGGCGGGCGGCGGGCGGCCAACCCCAGCCCCGCGGCAGCCGCGUCCGGGACGGCAAAGGACAAGGCGGGCAGAUGGGGAGGGAGCUGAGCCAGGAGCAGCUCCCCGGGGAGCCCAGUGCCCGCAGGCCGCUCUGCCACCCAGGCGCCCGGGAGGACGGAGCGAGGGGCGCGGGGAAGCUGUCACAUGGACGGGGGGAGAGUCAGCCCGAGCCGGCGGAAGGAGGUCCAAGGAGAGGCAGCGGCAAGGAACCGGUGCGGACAUCCAGGCAGCAUCACCACCUCCCGCCGCACGCCAGCCACGGUCACCCCCAGGACCAGCAUCAGCUCUCAGACAGGGAUGGGGAGGAGGCAGAGGAGGACUUUUUCUUCAGUCACAGGCAGAGGUCCAGCAGAGAGUCCCUGAAGCUCUCGGAAGGCGCUUCACCUCUGUCCAAAUCCAGCAGCAAGUGCUCCACCAAGUCCAGCGGCAGCGAUCGGUCAGUGGAAGCGGAUCCCCUCAUCCAGCAGCUGCACCCCAUGCUCAGCUCGGUCUUUGGCCAGGAUAGAGAACUGCGUCCGGAAGAAAUUGAAGAAUUAAGAGAAGCCUUUAAGGAGUUUGAUAAAGACAAGGAUGGGUUUAUUAACUGCAGGGACCUGGGCAACUGCAUGCGGACCAUGGGCUACAUGCCCACUGAGAUGGAGCUAAUAGAGCUAUCCCAGCAGAUCAACAUGAACUUGGGUGGCCAUGUGGAUUUUGAAGAUUUUGUUGAGCUGAUGGGACCAAAACUUCUAGCUGAGACUGCAGACAUGAUUGGUGUAAAAGAACUCCGUGAUGCCUUCAGAGAGUUUGACACCAAUGGAGAUGGGGAGAUCAGCACCAGUGAGCUGCGAGAAGCCAUGAAGAAACUGCUAGGGCAGCAGGUGGGUCACCGGGAUAUUGAAGAGAUCAUCCGGGACGUGGAUCUGAACGGAGAUGGGCGUGUUGAUUUUGAAGAGUUUGUUCGCAUGAUGUCCCGUUGAAGAUUAUUCUCAGCUAAAGAAGAAUCAGCACCUUAGAGAGGGCAGAAGAGGACCUAGCUGGAGCAUCUAGCCCCGAUGUUCCUACGUGAAGGUUUAUCGGCUGGCUGCAAUUAGGACAUUGCAAGAUGACCUGCUGCUCCUCCCUCAUGGUGGUCCCCAUGCCCCUCCACCCUUUCACACUGUGAAAGACUUGCAACUUCCUACAACUGGAACCAUUCCUUGAAGAAGAUUGCAGGAAACUGCAGAGCCAGGACUUGCCAUGAUGCUUUCAUGGGAUAUUUGCAACUUUAGACUCCUCCUCCCCAGCUUUAUUCUCCCACCAGCUGCUGCAAAGCAAAAGCAGGAGAAAUCCUCUUGGCUUGGUGGAUGAGAGCAAAGCCAUUGGGACUGGUGGCAGCCUCAGGGCGUGCUCUGCACUUCUUGGUUUCCCUUGGUGAACCGUGUCUGUGUUUGCUGUCUCAGUGUGUGUCUGUCUGUGUGGAGUUAUUUAUGCUUCCCCAACACUUAUUUGCAUCUCCUGUGGUUAUGUUUACCAAGAGCAAAUUCAAAUAUAUGUCUUGUGGGGGGAAAGUGAUAAAUAUGCACGUUGAAAUGA